AUGGCGUUCAACAUCCCCACUCUCCUUUUCGCUGCAUUCGCUUUUUCGUCGCUCGCUCAUGCUGCAAUCACCCCCCGCGUCGAAUGCGCCGACGGUAGCAUCACCACGAACAAGGCGUGCUGUCCGCUCUUCAGCCUCCGCGACCAGCUCCAGCGCGACUUUUUCGAGGGGGAGUGCGACUUCGAGUCCCGCGGAUCCCUCCGCCUCGCUUUCCAUGACGCUGUCGGAUAUUCUCUGUCGAAUCCAAAUGGCGGCGGAGGCGCCGACGGUUCCAUCAUGCAGUUCGCAUCAAUCGAGAACGCGUACGAUGCCAACCUCGGUAUCGACGAGAUCGUCAACGCGCAGCUGCAGUUCCUCGCGACACACAAUGUGUCCCUCAGCUACGGUGACUUUAUCCAGUUUGCAAGUGCCGUAGGGCUGACCAACUGUCCUGGCGCACCUACACUCGAUUUCUAUCUCGGACGCCCGGACGCCAAGGCUGCUGCUCCGGAUGACACUGUCCCGGAGCCCUUCCACACGCCCGAUAUCAUUCUGGCCCGCAUGGCCGAUGUGGGAUUCACCCCGAAUGAGGUCGUCGCUCUGCUUGCCUCGCACACAAUGGCAACAUCAAAGGAAGUCGACGAAACAAUUGCCGCGCUGCCCUUUGAUUCGACGCCCGCGACGUUCGACACGCAGUUCUACCUCGAGUCGCUGCUGAACGGUACCAUGUAUCCUGGGGCUGAUGGUAAAAAUUUCGGUCAAGAGAUGUCUCCCUUUGGCGGCGUGAUCCGCAUCACAUCCGAUUAUCUGCUAGCAAGGGAUUCGCGCACAGCGUGUCAAUGGCAAGGAAUGAUCAAGAACCAAUCGCGGAUGCAGUCUGCGUUCAAAGCCGCGAUGAAGAAGCUCUCGCUUGUCGGGCAGAAUGAGCUCAGCCUCAUCGACUGCUCUGAGGUCAUCCUGCCUGCCGCGCGCGUCAAUGACAGCCCACAUUUCCCGCAUGGCACGUCGGAGAAGGAUGUUGAUCAAUCGUGCAAUAUGCCGUUCCCGGACUUGCCCACCACAGCCUAA